UUUCCGUUCUUGCAGUCUGAGGGCCGCAGCUGGAGGAGUCGAACGUUCCGCCAGGUCAGCCAUGUCAUCUGAGCCUCCCCCACCGCCGCAGCCCCCCACACAUCAGACUUCUGUUGGGCUACUGGAUACCCCUCGGGCCCGGGAUCGCUCUCCAUCCCCACUUCGGGGCAAUGUAGUCCCUAGCCCUUUGCCCACCCGACGGACAAGGACCUUCUCAGCGACGGUGCGAGCGUCACAGGGCCCUGUCUACAAAGGAGUCUGUAAAUGCUUCUGCCGGUCCAAGGGCCACGGCUUCAUCACCCCAGCUGAUGGUGGCCCUGACAUCUUCUUGCAUAUCUCUGAUGUGGAAGGGGAGUAUGUUCCAGUGGAAGGCGACGAGGUCACCUACAAGAUGUGCUCUAUCCCACCCAAGAACGAGAAACUGCAGGCUGUAGAGGUGGUCAUCACCCACCUGGCACCAGGCACAAAGCACGAGACCUGGUCCGGGCACGUCAUCAGCUCCUAGGGAUCUGCAAGAACCCCUUCUCCUGGGCUUGAGGGAGACUUUGGGGGGAGGAGGAGCAGGGCCACCCUGGAUAUAACAUUCUACCACACAAGAUGGGCUGUUUCCUGAAGGGAAGGAGUUGCAGGCAGGCAGGGGGUGCUCUCAGCCACCAGCACAGCCAGCCUCCAGCCAUUGCAACAAGCUCUCACUGUCUGAAAAGCAUUAAAAGCAUUUGAAAAGGAGAGGCACCUGCGGAGGCUGAGUGGAGAUGGUCCAGCCCCAGCCCAAGGCGGGUAGGCCAAACAUGCUGUUUUCCCAAAGCCCCCUCCAGAUCAAGCAAGCCCACGAGACAAAAAUUCCCUUAUCUGUUUGGCCCCCUGAGGGAUGUCACCAGCCCUAUAAGAUUUUCCAUGACCCUAUGCUCUGUCUAACUUGGGACCAUGUUAGCCCUAGCUUCUGAGUCUCAGCCUGGCUGGUUUGAGGGAGCUGGCUUAGGUGUGUGGGAGCUUUCCAGGGGACUUGCCUCUUGGUGCCUUUGCAACAGGUGUGUCUCUCCCAGAAGGGAGAGACUCCAACCCCUGGGAGCUCCUGCCCUAGCACAGCAGCCUGGGGUUCGGCGCUGACCCCACUCCUAAGAACUCCGUUUUUUUCCACUUUCUUCUAGGGCUAAGGUGGCCUCCCUGUGGCAUUAAGCCUAUCAUUAAGCUAGUGCUGAAGGUGGCUUUAGGGGUGAGGAAGAGACCUCUGCAGGAAGGGCCCUAGAGGGGAGGGUGGUGUUUUAUUUAAAAACAGAGUCCAGGCUGGUGGUACAUGCCUGUAAUUUCUGCACUUGGGAAGCUGAAAUAAGUGUUCUCAGCCAGCCUAGGCUACGAUCAUAUCUCAGAACAAGGGCUGGGGAUGUAGCUCAGGGGUAGUGAGUGCACUUGCCAGAGCCUCUGCAGGGGUCUGGGUUCCACUGCUGGCAAAAAUCCUAGACCAUUGACACUGACCCACAGAAGACAGGCAGCUUGUUUUCUGAUGGCCUUGUAAGGUUAGCAGUUGAAGGAGAAAGAUACCUUUCACUGGGAAGCAAGGCUGCUUUAAGACAGGUGUAACAAAUGCCUAAGGAUCUCUUUUUUUCUUCCCCGGUGCUUGGGGAGCCCAGGGCCUUGGAAAUGCCAACAGCACCAAGUUACAUGGAAGCCCCCCCCCUCUCUUUUUGAGACAGGAUCUUGCUGUAUUGCUGUGUAGCCCAGGCUAUUUCCAUAAAACCUUAUAUAUCUUGGCUUCCUGUUUGCUAGGGUUACAGGUAUGCCUUCAUUCCCAUGCUGAUUCGUUUUUUUUUUUUUUUUUUUUUUUUU